UAACAAUAAUUAGCACAAUCUUUAAAAUCUUGAUUUUCUUUUUUGCUUCAAUGUUUUUUUAAUUUUUUCUCCACCACUUUCCUGGUACGAACCUUUUUCAUUAGUCAUUUUCCCAUCUAUCCCGUCACCGAUUGAUUUACUGUUUCAAUUCAUACGCAUUAAUGAAAAAGAAAAAGAAUUUAUAAGAAAAGUUGCUGCCUUUAUUAAUUUUCUUCAAAAUUUAUGGGCUGGACAGUUCGUCUGCUUGUGUGAAAUGUGGCUUUUGCGUACUGUGCGUGUGUGUUUUCUAUUUUUUCUUUUGAGUAAAUUAAAGAUUACACUGUUCUGUCCUCAUUAAUCCCUCUCACCCAUCUCAAUGUUUUUCACACCACACCACCCACCGCUUUCAUUCCCAUCUCAUCUUAAUACAUAGUUCUUUCUUGUUUUCAUCUCUUUCUCUCUCUCUCUCUCUUUCUCUAACCCUUUUCUCUCUUAAUUUUGCUGUAUGAGUAUGGGUUUUCUGUUCAUGUAUUGUUUCCUUUUUGCCAUUUCUUUUCUGUAGAGGUCUUGACUUUAGAUCUGUAGCUCCAUCUGCUGCUUUUGGCUGUUUUGCUGAACAACAUAUAGACAGCAUUUGAAUAAAAAGUCCAUCCUCAGCCCUAAUGCAAGGACACAAAAGUUCCAUUACUACCCUUUCCGAGAACUUGAGCUUCGAACGCGGCUCCUCAUCAAGUGAGCCCGUUAUAGACCACUCCCAAAUAUCUUGGAACAAUAUGCAGCCACCACCCAACAAUCAACUCCCGACCAACCUUCAGUUCCUCAACCCUCUAACUCGCCAGUUGCCGCUAAAUGCCGAGUGGAGCUUAGGCGAAACUAGUCGAGUAGACGAAAACAACGAAAGAAAACAAGAAAACGCAUGGCCCAGCAAUACUCUCCCUCAAAAUAUAAACAUCAACUUAAACCCAAUUCACACUCAGCCUCAGGACCACCUCAACACGCAGGCCGAAUUCUCGAACUCCUCUGAUUUACCUUCCGGAAGCAGUGGGCAUAUCAGUCGACAAAUGCCGUGCAAGAGAAAAUCUCCCGAGUUGCAGUCCUCUGUGGCAAGUGGCUCGAGAACAGCAGAAAACGGGCCCAACGCUAAUAACGGGCUCGAGCAGCCGAACUCGAGACUCGGGCUUGGGCCCGAAUACGAGAGUUCUCGAAGGAAUUGCCGCCUUAGGAUCAACGGGUUAAGCCGCCAACAGGAUUAUCACGGGCCCUUGAAUCCAACUAAUUUGCUGGGGCCCGCAAACCCGCAGUUGAGGUGGGCCGGGCCUGGAGGCACAAGAGUUGGUAAUUUUUCGGCUUCGGGCCAGAGGGAGGCUGUACACCCCAUUUUAAGUGAACCCAUUACACAAAAUGCAUUGGGAAGCAUUUCUGAACACCCCAUUUUUGCUCCUGCUAGUGAUGUAGGAAGUUUGGCUCAACAGCCCGUAAACUGGAAUUUUGGCAGUGUUGGACCGAGUUCUCGGGCAGGCACUCGUGUGGGUACUGCCAACUCAUCUGAGCCUUCUUCAUGGGCAAAUCGUGGCCGUCCACAUUAUUCACGUAGAUUGUCUGACAUUGGUCGGAGGUCUUUGUUGACUUUGCCAGGUGGCGAGUCAUCUGGGCCCGGUAAUCAAAGUCAAGCCGUACAGUCGGGCCCGUCACAGGGUGUGGUGAUUUCGUCCGGGCCCGGUAAUCAAAGUCGGCAUUUUUCGGUGGCGGAUGGUGCUUAUGGACUGCCUAAUUCGUUGAGAAAUUUGGCUGCUGCUGGUGAAGGAAGAACAAAUUUGAUGUCUGAGCAUAUUCGCCAUGUCUUAGAUCUCAUGCGGAGGGGAGAGGGCUUGAGACUUGAGGACGUGAUGAUUCUAGAUCGCUCGCUCUUUUUCGGAAUGGCUAAUAGACACGACCUUCAUCGUGACAUGCGACUUGAUAUAGAUAACAUGUCUUAUGAGGAGUUAUUGGCCUUGGGGGAGCGAAUUGGAAAUGUGUGCACGGGAUUGAAUGAAGGAACUAUAAUGAGUCGUUUGAAGCAGACAAAAUAUGUAAAACGAGCUGAAAAAGAUGAGGCUGAGACCGAACCUUGUAGUAUUUGUCGAGAAGAAUACAUUAAUGGGGAAAAUCUUGGAAUCCUUGACUGUGGGCAUGAAUUUCAUAGGGACUGUAUAAAACAAUGGCUAAGGCACAAAAACUUGUGCCCCAUUUGUAAAAUGACGGGCCUAACUAAAUAAAAAACGGCCGACACAAAAGAAAUUGGCUAAGUCCUUGUUCGUGUGCGUGCUCGAGAAAAAGGUCUUUCGUCGGGCAAAACUAUGGUCAUGUGCUGUUUUUUCUAAUUAUCAUUUGAAUUUACUUCUUUCCCAUCUUCAUAUAACUGCAAAAAAUUUUAUAAUGUAUACAUGACAUUUUCUCCUUUUGUGGAGAUAACUUGUGUUAUUCAAAUUCUUUUAUGGAGAAAUUUAUGUUGCUACAAUGGGAAGGUGAAUAUUUGUGCUGAGAAUUCGCAUUAGCUGAUGGGAUUACUUUAUUUGAUUUUUUCGUAUUUCGCUUUCAUUUUUUAAAUUUAUUUUUCAUUUCUCUUAUGGUUUUGCUGAGUUUGCUAGUCG